AUGAACCUGCUUCAGCUGCCACCCGAGAUUCUUCUCUGCGUUCUCGAAUACUUAUCACCUCACAAUCUGGUUUUGUGCCAGCUCACCAACAGGCAACUCCGCACCCUCAUCCACAACUCUGUUGUCCUCCAAUACAACAUGGCUCUGGCAGUCGCUCGAGCAGAAGAUAACCCAUACUCGUCUGCACCUCUCUCAAAGAAACUUGAACAUUUACGGGUGAGUGAAGAUGCGUGGAGUAUGCUGAAACCAAAGUUCAAGGUGGAAAUUCUGGUGCCGGUGCCCCACCAGACCUCAGGGAUCUAUGACCUCACAGGUGGUGCGUACCUGCUGGGAAGCAUCGACCAAAGAGCAAUACAUUAUAUCAAGCUUCCAAGGAAGCUGGACGACGAUACAAGCUGGAGACACCAGAGGGAGCUCACAGAGCCUGCAUCAUAUGGCAUUGAGCUCACCCUACGUGAAUUCUCGUCUGGCCAACGACACCCUCAGGCAAAAGAAGAGCGUAUUCUUGUCAUGACUUCAUUGUUCAAGAAGCCUGCUAUCAGUAUUGAGAUUGUAGGCGAUCAUAUAUUUCUCAUACUCACCUUCCACGACUACCCCGAGAAACCUGAUGACCAAGUCUUCAUUUAUGAGUGGUGGUCCUCGAUCCUCAAAGCAGUACAUCUCACCUUUCCUAUCUCUACUGCGAUUCUGACAUCACCAGAGCUUUUCCACGCCAUGCCACAUGUACAGGGGACUCAUCUUCCUCUCCGAAUACCUUGCCCUACUCCCAAACAUCCGCACGAACUCCUUCGAGAUCUUAUGCAUCCUGUCGAGGCCAACAGCCGAUACACUAAUGCCCAUUCUGAAACUUUCCCUGCCAACUCUCAGAGAAGGCCACUCAUUAGCCAGCGUCUCAUGUUGAGCAGAGCCCAAUCCCAUAGGAACAUCAUUGCUCAUAGAUAA